AUGGCGCAGACUGAUGACGAGAAAGAAGUCGAGCGCGCCCUCUCCCGGAACGACGUCGAAGAGCAGGAUCUGGAGAAGAGAGAUGAGCGAGUACAAUAUUUGGAAGUCCCCAGGGACACGAGAAGAGAAGGGCGAGGCAGGAGCCAAGACAGUACACGGUUAGAAAAGGUCGAGUCGACCGUGACCGAAGCAACUGAAGCUAGCACUCCGGCCUAUGUACCCCAGAGCAAGCCACAGAAAUUACCAUGGCGUUACAGGAUAAAUCCCCUCCGCCGAAACCCUCCACCUGUACCGGAGGAGAGGACAGUAUGUCGAGAAUACAACGCGAGCUUCCUCAGUCUCCUGCUGUUCCAAUGGAUGAAUCCUCUCAUGACCACGGGCUACAAGCGGCCCAUCGAGUUGAACGACAUUUGGCUUGUCAACCCCGAUAGAAGCGCCACAACCAUGAGGGACAAGCUGUCGGCUUCUUUCAAACGUCGUGUUGCUCGAGGAGAACGCAACCCUCUGAUGUUUGCCCUGUUCGACACCUUUCGAGGCGAGUUUCUGCUCGGUGCCAUGUGUGCCUUGUUCUCUGCCCUGUUCCAGGUCUUUUCCCCCUUCACCACCCGAUACCUGAUUCAGUUUGCUACGGAUGCCUGGGUCGCCGACAAGUUCGGUGGUAAAGCUCCCAGCAUUGGCCAUGGCAUUGGCUUGGUCAUUGGUAUCACGUUUAUGCAAAUGUGUCAGUCGAUGGCCACCAAUCAUUUCAUCUACCGUGGUAUGAUGGUCGGAGGAGAGUGCAGGGCAGUGUUGAUCAACGCCAUUUUUGAGAAAUCUCUGGUCAUCUCCGGACGGGCAAAAGCUGGCGGAAAAGCAAUCAAAGCUGAGGGGGCGCCCGAGACGGCAGUACAGACAGAAGACGAGAAGCACGAGGCUAGAUCAAGCCUUGCCCGAGUACUAUCUAAGCGACUUACUCCCAAAGGAGGACCCAAAGUCACCCCUGACAAAGCGGCCGGCAUUGCGGGAGACGGCGUUGGUUGGAACAAUGGCAGGAUUGUCAACUUGAUGAGUGUUGAUACGUAUCGUAUUGAUCAAGCUUCCGGCCUGUUCCAUAUCAUGUGGACGUCACCCAUCCAGAUCGUCGUCGUCCUGGUCGUGCUCUGCAUCAACAUUGGUUACAGUGCUCUGUCUGGCUACGCUCUACUGGUCAUUGUCCUGCCCGUCCUGACUAAGGCUAUUAAGUCUCUCUUAGCCAGGAGAAAGAAGAUCAACAAAGUCACGGAUCAGCGUGUGGGCCUGACGCAGGAAAUUCUGGGCUCCGUACGAUUUGUCAAAUUCUUUGGAUGGGAGUCAAGCUUUCUGGACCGGCUGAAGGAAAUCCGCAAGAGAGAGAUCAGAGCUGUCCAGAUCCUGCUAUCAAUCAGAAAUGCCAUCAACGCCGUCGCCAUGUCCAUGCCAGUGUUCGCGGCAAUGCUGGCCUUCAUUACGUAUUCUCUGUCUGACCACGGUCUUGCUCCCGCGCGGAUAUUCUCGUCCUUGGCCCUCUUCAACUCCUUACGGAUGCCGCUCAAUUUGCUUCCUCUGGUUCUGGGGCAGGUUACUGAUGCCCAGACUGCGCUGCAACGUAUCCAAGAGUUUCUACUGUGCGAGGAACAGCAAGACGAGAUCAUCUGGGAUGAGGACAUGGAUCCUGCGGUAGAGGUGCAACAUGCUUCCUUCACUUGGGAACGGACUGCCAAUCAAGACAUGGAGAGGGCUGGCACGUUCCAGACGAGAGGCGAGCUCAUGGCUGCCAAAAAGGCCGCGAAGGAACGGAAGAAAGCUCAAAAGAAGGCCGAAAAAGCAGCCAAGAAGAACAAGAAAUCCCCUGGAGCAUCCAAUGAAGACAUUGCAAGUGAGACGACCGAGGUCGAACCCUUCAAACUGCAUGACAUGGAUUUCACAGUGGGCCGAAAUGAGCUGAUCGCUGUUAUUGGGACGGUCGGUUCUGGCAAGACUUCACUUCUGGCCGCUCUGGCGGGAGACAUGCGCAAAACAGACGGCAAAAUCAAGAUGGCCUCUUCUCGUGCAUUCUGUCCGCAGUAUGCCUGGAUUCAGAAUGCCACUUUGAAGGAUAAUAUCCUCUUCGGCAAGCCGUACAAAUCCAAAUGGUACAGGGAUGUAAUCGAUGCCUGCGCCUUGAAACCUGACCUAGACAUCCUGCCUGCAGGGGAUCAGACCGAGAUCGGCGAGCGAGGGAUCACUCUCUCAGGCGGUCAGAAACAGAGGUUGAACAUUGCGCGGGCGAUCUAUUUUGAUGCGGACAUCAUCUUGAUGGAUGAUCCACUCUCUGCCGUGGAUGCUCAUGUUGGCCGUCAUAUCAUGGACAAGGCAAUCUGUGGGCUGAUGAAGGACAAAUGCCGGAUCUUAGCAACCCACCAGCUUCACGUUCUUUCCAGGUGUGACCGGAUUAUCUGGAUGGAAGACGGUCAUAUUCAGGCCAUCGACACCUUUGAUAACUUGAUGAGCAACAGCGUGGAUUUUCAAAAAUUGAUGGCUACGACUGCUCAAGAGGACGAAAGCGCAAUGGCGAAAGCCCAAGAUGGAAAAGCCGAGAAGCAGAAGCCUGAUAAGAAGACCAAGAAGGGUAAACCUGCGGCCCUGAUGCAGCAAGAAGAGCGCGCUGUCAAAUCGGUGAGCUGGUCCGUCUGGGGAGCUUAUAUUCGUGCAUCAGGAUCUCCGAUCCUCUGGCCGCUCAUCUUCAUCUCCCUGGUUUUAUCCCAGGGAGCCAACAUCGUGACCAGCUUGUGGCUCAGUUGGUGGACGAGUGACAAGUUCGGGUUCUCGGAAGGCGUCUACAUUGCCGCAUACGCAUGUCUCGGGCUGUCGCAAGCGUUGCUCAUGUUCACGUUUUCGACUCUGCUUUCCACGAGCGGCACCAAUGCUAGCAGGGUCAUGCUGCAAAAAGCGAUGACACGAGUUCUCCGCGCCCCCAUGUCCUUCUUCGACACUACUCCUCUCGGCCGGAUUACCAACCGAUUUUCCAAGGAUGUCGACUCGAUGGACAACAGUUUGACCGACGCUAUGAGGAUGUACUUCCUCACCUUGGCCAUGAUCACUUCGGUCUUUGCCCUCAUCAUCGCAUACUUCCACUUCUUUGCGGUGGCCUUAGGGCCCCUUUUCAUCUUAUUCCUGUUUGCGUCGAGUUAUUACAGAGCAUCAGCACGGGAAAUGAAACGACAUGAAGCGGUUCUCCGGUCCACAGUGUUUGCACGAUUUUCGGAGUCUAUUUCAGGAGUGGCAUCUAUUCGAGCCUACGGGUUGCAAAACUAUUUCACGACACGCUUGCGGGACGCCCUUGAUCAGAUGAACUCGGCAUACUACCUGACGUUUGCAAACCAGCGAUGGUUAUCUACCCGACUUGACGCCAUUGGAAAUAUGCUUGUCUUUGUAACUGGCAUCUUGGUGGUGACAGAUCGUUUUGAUGUUAAUCCCAGCAUAGCGGGUUUGGUGUUGUCAUAUGUUUUAGCUAUUGUACAGAUGAUCCAGUUUACUGUUCGUCAAUUGGCUGAAGUGGAAAACAACAUGAACGCAACGGAGCGUCUGCACUACUAUGGCACUCAGCUGGAGGAAGAGGCACCGCUGAAAGGUGCCGAGGUACCCGACAACUGGCCUCAAGCGGGAGCAAUCACCUUCAGCAAAGUUGAAAUGAGGUAUCGACCAGGCCUGCCGCUUGUUCUCCACGGGUUGGACUUUCAAGUCCGAGGUGGGGAGCGGGUUGGUAUUGUCGGUCGUACCGGGGCUGGCAAGUCGUCGAUCAUGUCAGCGCUUUUCCGAUUGACAGAACUCACGUCGGGACAGAUCAAGAUUGACGACAUUGACAUUUCAACUGUUGGAUUAUACGAUCUGCGGUCACGACUAGCCAUCAUCCCGCAGGAUCCGACGCUGUUCCGAGGCACUAUCCGGUCUAAUCUUGAUCCUUUCAACGAGCAUUCAGAUUUGGAACUCUGGGCAGCACUGCGCAAGGCGGAUCUCGUGGGAGAUGAGAUGGUCACCACAGAGAAAGCUGAUCGUCCUGAUACCGCCCAAACCGCAGCCACAUCUACGUCGAACGUCAACGCACCAGCGGGAGCCAGCCGAAUCCAUCUCGAUAGUCCCGUGGAUGAAGAAGGCUUGAAUUAUUCGCUAGGCCAGCGGCAAUUGAUGGCGUUGGCCAGAGCACUGGUCCGCAACUCGCAGAUUAUCGUCUGUGACGAAGCGACCUCCUCGGUCGACUUUGAGACCGACGAGAAGAUUCAGCGAACCAUGCGAACUGGUUUUGCCGGAAAGACGGUGUUAUGCAUUGCUCACCGACUGAAGACCAUUAUCAACUAUGACCGCAUCUGCGUGAUGGAUCAAGGAAGGAUUGCGGAACUGGAUACUCCCAUCAAUCUGUUUGAGGCAGGCGGCAUCUUCCGGGGCAUGUGCGACAAGAGCCAUAUUGUGCGAGAAGAUUUCUUCAGAGAGUCAUAG